AUGCAGCAGAGUCUGCACCAGAAAUCCACGGAGCAGCUGGAGGCCAUGGAGCAGCAGAUGCUGCACCCGACAGCCACGGAGCAGCAGAGGGCGGUGGAGCAGCAGACUCUGCACCAGCGCGCCACCGGACUCCAGACUGCAGUGGAGCAGCAGACUCUGCACCAUAGCCCAACCGAGCAGAAGGCAGUGGAGCAGCAGUCUGUGCAACAGAGCCCAACCGAGCAGCAGGAGGCAGUGGAGCAGACUCUGCACCAGAGCCCCAUGGAGCAGCAGGAGGCCAUGGAGCAGCAGACUGUGCACCAGAGCCCCACUGAGCAGCAGAACGCAGUGGAGCAGCAGACUGUGCACCCGAUCGCCCAGGAGCAGCGGAGAGCGGUGGAGCAGCAGACUCUGCACCGUAGCCCAACCGAGCAGCAGAACCCAGUGGAGCAGCAGAUGCUGCACCAUAACCCAACCGAGCAGCAGGAGGCAGUGGAGCAAAAGUCUCUCCACCAGAGAGCCACAGGGCACCAGAAGGCAGUGGAGCAGCAGACGCUGCACCAGAGCCCAACCGAGCAGCAGAAAGCAGUGGAUCAGCAGACGCUGCACCGGAGCGCAACGGAGCAGCGGAUGCUGCACCCGAGCAGCAGAAAGCAGUGGAUCAGCAGACGCUGCACCGGAGCGCAACGGAGCAGCGGAUGCUGCACCCGAUCGCUGACGAGUAGCAGGUGGUGCAGCAGCAGGACCAGAACGCCAUUGAGCAGCAGAUCCUGCACUAGGAUGCAAUGGAGCAGCAGGCGCUGCAACAGAAUGCCGUGGAGCACCAGAAGCUGA